UAGGACGCUUCCUUCUAGAAAUAAAAAAAUUGGAUCCAAAGAUUGGAAAUUUAUUUGACGUCAUUUACCCGAAAAACUACGACAAUACAAUCAUUGCGAUACAAAAUAUGGCAGGAUUGAAUGAAUCAGGUACUGGUUUCAAGACUCCAUCUUUGGCAACCUCAUUAGGCACUUUACUAAAACAAGUAGGAAUGUUAUGCAUAUCUGUUUGGAUAAGAUCGCAAGAAAAACAGAAGCAAACGUUUGCCGAAGAUUUUGUGAAAUUGUUAACCGAAGAUUAUGGUACAACGAUCAACCGAGCAGCAUUGGAAACUCAGGCAAAGAAUAAAAGGCAAUCUAAAAUAGUGCUGCCAUUGAAAGAAGAUAUUCAAAAACUACAACGUCAUUUGAGAGAUAGUUUAAGAGCAAACUAUGCAAUUUUGAAUGAGAACUUUUGUCAAACAGCUUGGUUGCAAUUAGCAGAAACGGCUCUCUUAUCAAUUCAGUUAUUCAACCGACGGAGAGCUGGAGAGAUCGAAAGAAUAUUGGUAGAUGAUUUGUCAUCAUUCGAAAAAAUUGAUGAAAAAUCUAUUGGUGAAGCAUUCCAAAAUUUCACAAUAGAAGAGAAGCAGGCUGCUCAAAAAUACACUUUACUCCGUCACAGAUCCCAGGCAGGUGUGAGUAGGCAAAAUCCAUAUUUAUUCGGGAUCCCAGGAAUUUUGAAAGGUGACUACAAGUAUCUUAGCGCUUGCCGACUCAUGCGAAAAUUUGCGUAUGAGUGCGGCGCGAAACAGCCUGGAACGUUACGAGGAACAGUAUUAAGGAAACAUGUGGCUACUAUGUGCGCUAAUUUCAAUCUGCAAGAUAGUGAAGUAGCAGAUUUGGCAAGUUUUAUGGGUCACGCCGAUAAAAUACAUAAAGAAAUAUACCGUCAACCCAUCCUCACGAGGGAAAUUCUGCAUAUCUCCAAAUUGCUAGAAGCCGUCCAAGGAGACAACGAUGCCGAUUCUGAUAUCGACUCCGAUGAAAACGAAGAAAACGAGCCAGCAGCAGCAAACCUCCUCCUUAUGGCAAAUGCCGCAGGGUUCGCUGGACAACCGAAGAGAGAAGAAUAGCUGCCGAAACUUUUAAGGAUUGUUUAUCAAGCAACAAACUUCCUUCAUUCCAAAGAAUAAAUGAAAUGAUAGCUGCUAAUCCAGGUGUAUUCAAAAGAGGCGUUGCAACGAUAAAAACUUGGGUGAGG